CGCCACCGCCGGAGCGAGGGAGCGAAGAGGGGAGAGAGAGCGAGAGAGCGAGAGACGCGGACCCCGGAGGCAAGCGGCCGAGGAGCCCAGUCCCAACUCCGGGCCCCGGCCCCGCGCGCCCCGGCCCCGUCCGGCCCCGUGAGGUCUCAGCGCGGAAGAUGGCCGGCGGCGUGGACGGCCCCAUUGGGAUCCCGUUCCCCGACCACAGCAGUGACAUCCUGAGUGGGCUCAAUGAGCAGCGGACGCAAGGCCUGCUGUGCGACGUGGUGAUCCUGGUGGAGGGCCGGGAGUUCCCCACCCACCGCUCCGUGCUGGCGGCCUGCAGCCAGUACUUCAAGAAGCUCUUCACGUCGGGCGCCGUGGUGGAUCAGCAGAACGUGUAUGAGAUCGACUUCGUCAGUGCCGAGGCGCUCACGGCCCUCAUGGACUUCGCCUACACAGCCACGCUCACCGUCAGCACGGCCAACGUGGGUGACAUCCUCAGCGCCGCCCGCCUGCUGGAGAUCCCUGCCGUGAGCCACGUCUGUGCCGACCUCCUGGACAGGCAGAUCCUGGCAGCCGACGCGGGCGCCGACGCCGGGCAGCUGGACCUUGUAGAUCAAAUUGAUCAGCGUAACCUCCUUCGUGCCAAGGAGUACCUCGAGUUCUUCCAGAGCAACCCCAUGAACAGCCUGCCCCCCACGGCCGCCGCCGCCGCCGCCGCCUUCCCGUGGACGGCCUUUGGCGGCUCUGAGGAUGACCUGGACGCCACCAAGGAGGCAGUAGCCGCCGCUGUGGCUGCCGUGGCUGCCGGGGACUGCAAUGGCUUGGACUUCUAUGGGCCGGGGCCCCCGGCUGAGAGACCCGCAGCUGCAGACGGGGAUGAGGGUGACAGCAACCCAGGUCUGUGGCCAGACCGGGACGAGGACACCCCAGCCGGGGGCCUCUUCCCGCCGCCCGUGGCCCCGCCGCCCGCGACUACGCAGAACGGCCACUACGGCCGGGCCGGGGAGGAGGAGGCCGCCUCGCUGUCAGAGGCGGCCCCAGAGCCUGGAGAUUCUCCGGGCUUCCUGUCGGGCGCGGCCGAGGACGGGGACGGGGACGGGCCCGACGGGGACGGGCUUGCGGCGAGCACGCUGCUGCAGCAGAUGAUGUCCACUGUGGGCCGGGCGGGCGCGGCGGCAGGCGACAGCGACGACGAGUCCCGGGUGGACGACAAGGGCGUCGUGGACUACUACCUGAAGUACUUCAGCGGCGCCCACGACGGCGACGUCUACCCUGCCUGGUCACAGAAGGUCGAGAAGAAGAUCCGGGCCAAGGCCUUCCAGAAGUGCCCGAUCUGCGAGAAGGUCAUCCAGGGCGCCGGCAAGCUGCCGCGGCACAUCCGGACCCACACAGGCGAGAAGCCUUACGAGUGCAACAUCUGCAAAGUCCGCUUCACCAGGCAGGACAAGCUCAAGGUGCACAUGAGGAAGCACACGGGCGAGAAGCCGUACCUGUGCCAGCAGUGCGGGGCGGCCUUUGCCCACAACUAUGACCUGAAGAACCACAUGCGCGUGCACACCGGCCUGCGCCCCUACCAGUGCGACAGCUGCUGCAAGACCUUCGUCCGCUCCGACCACCUGCACAGACACCUCAAGAAGGACGGCUGCAACGGCGUCCCCUCGCGCCGAGGCCGGAAGCCCCGAGUCCGGGCCGGGGGGCUCGGGGGGCCCGACCCCGUCACAGGAGCCCCCGCCCCGCCCGGUGCGCCUGCCCCACCUGGCUCCCCCGACGCCCGGCGCAACGGCCAGGAGAAGCACUUUAAGGACGAGGAGGAGGACGAGGAGGAGGCCAGCCCUGAUGGCUUGGGCAGGUUGAAUGUCGCGGGCGCCGGAGGGGGAGGUGACGGUGGCACUGGGACCACGGCCGAUGGCACCUUCGCGGCCGGACUCGCCUGAAAACCAAAAAGCGAAAACAGAAAUCAGAGAGAGAGAGAGAGAGAGAGAGAGAGAGAAUCACCCACCACCCCCCGAAAAAACCACAAAAAAAGAAAAUCUCUAUACAGAUAUCUAUAUCUAUAUAUAUAUAUACAGAUAUAUAUAUAUGAACCGUCACAGAAUCUAGGGUAGCGCUUUCUCAGAUUUUCCUCCUUCAUCAUGUUCUCUCCCUCCACGGGACCUUCGCCUCUCCCUGGCCCCUUCCCCCCACCCCAUCGAUGGGUUUUGGGGCUUGGUUAGGGGUUUUGUGGGACACAAGGAUUCUGAGCACCGCGCCCCUCUCCUCAGGAUGCCCGGGCAAGGUGUCGGGGCCCCGCCCCAGGACCGGGCAGCGGUGAGGAUGGCCGGGGGCCGGGAUUGGGGUGGGCUUUUCUUCUCUUCCCUCGCUGGUUUAUACGAGUCUUUCAGACGAGACCUUAAAUGCUUUCUGUCUGCCGUGAGCGGACGUUAAAACGACCCCUGUCCUCAUUCCCUACCCUCCUUCCUCAGGGCACUUACUAAGGGGGGGUCUCCCCCCCGUCUCCCCGUCAGCCUCCCCCCAUUCCUGCCUGUGGUUCCCAUAUCUCCUGGCCGCUGCCACACAAAUCUAUUUAUUUCCAGGCGUGGAGUAAAGGGGAGAAGGCUAGGGGGGCUCGGGGGGCGCCAGGGCAGCUCUCAGGGGCUCCCGCUGCCUUCAUUCAUGCACUUACAACUCAGCGGGACACCCAAGGGCUACCGCUCAGGGCGCCCCCUGCCACCCACGUCUGUUCCCCAGCCCAGGCCGCCCAGACCCCGUGAGACAUUUGGAGAUUCAGAACUUCUUGUCCUCACCCUCCUGUCCCUCAGCCCCUCCCGAUUUUUUAAAGCACUUUUUAGAUUUGUUUCCCUCUUUUCCUCCUUAAAAACAAAAUUUAUAUAUAGAUAUAUAGAUAUAUAUAUAUAUAAAAUAUACUUUUCCUCAGAGGAGCAGGCACCAGUGUGGGGUGAGAUAGCCCAGAGUAGAGGAAACCCAGGGUCUCACGGUGGCAGGGAUGAGGGGAGAGAGAGUCCAGAAGUUCCAGUGUCACAAAAGCAAUAAAAACUAGAUUUUACAAAUGAAAGGAUAAAAAAAAAAGCAACCAACCACAAUAGAAGUCUUGGCACUUUGUAACAGAACGGGUACUACACUUUAUCUUAAUUCUUAAUUUAAAAACAUGUUUACAAGUUGCAACCAACUUCUAUGAAAAGUCGAAAAGACAAAAAAAAUAGAGCGAGAGAGAGAGAGCGAGAGCGAGAGAGAGAGCAAAAAGAAAUUCCUAAAAGUUGAUUUAUUUUUGUACAAAAUAAUAAAAAAAAAAACCCACCACAGACGUAGAAUCCACUUCUGUUCCCCGAGGUGAGGGGGUCAGGAAGGCGCGGCGGGCCGGAGGCCCACACCCGCCGGGGCGCGCAGAGGCAGGACUGGGCUCUUUGUUUCUGCCGUGUCCUCCCUUCCCUCCCUCUUCUCUUUUGGUUCUUUGGAGAUGUCUCCCCCCCCCCACUAGCCAUAAAAUGGCCACCCCUGUCCACGGGGCCCCCUUCCUGACUCCCUAGCUCAGGGAUGGGCCUGAGAGAGGGCUGGCUUCCAACCAGCCAGAGCAACUUAGUCCCCAUCUGCCCCGCUCGCCCUCAGUGUCCCCCACCCCUUGGCCCUUGCCCACUUCGGGGCUUCCAGCCCUCGGGGCCUCCCCUCCAACACGGCUGCCCUUCCUUGUGGCCACCAAGGAGCUGCCGUGUUGGACAUGCCAUCCCUGUUGAGGUGGGUGACGGGGCCCCACCCGCAGGGCCUUACAUCCCCCAGACACCCCUCUUUUUACUCAAAGGCACUGACUGUAAUCUGGGGGCUGGCGCCUGCCUCCCCCCAGCCUCUGGCUCCCUAAAGGCCCGGUGUUGACCGAGCCACAGGCCACGGACAGGGGCCAGGGUUGGGGAGACCAUGUUGCCAGAGGCCAGGGCACCCUCACCCCAACUCCCUCUUGCAUAUGCAAUGCCUAGAGUGGGACCCUGUCUAGACGCUCUGCUGAGCUGAGACCCUUCCUCGUCAGAGUCCAGGCGCAGGGCUCCUGCUCUCCCCUCAGCCCCUGGCCCGUCUUCCCAGGCCUCUGUGCUCUGUGACAAACCCCGUCAUCUUGUCUUUUUUUUUUCUUAAAGGGAAGCUUUUCAAGAAGGCAACUUUUAUUAUUUCUACAGGAUAGUUUACCCUUCCCUUCCCGCCCCACCCUGAGCCCAUCAGCCCCCCAAAUGUCUCAGGACCCCCCCUCCUGAGGGGGGUGGUAGGGGAGCCCAGGGCCAGGUGGCCUCGUUCACACCUUAGUGUCAAGGGGCGUAGCUCUUUUGAAACCCAUCUGUGGAAGCCGAGCAGAGUGCCCAGGCCAGGGACCCCCCACCCCCCCAGCUCCCAGAGAGGUUCCUUGAGAGGAGAACCCUCUCCCCCGCCAUGUACCCCCUUGCAAUAAAACCAACUGAAAAAUCACAACUGUCGUCCUGGCCAGUGGGGACAGCCAGACUUGGGGGAUCGAGGCCUCUGGACGAUGGCAGAUACACCGGCCAAACCCCUCCAAGCACACUUUAACACAAACCUCUUGGGGAAUUGCACUAAAUCCUCGCCCCUAGCUCCGAGCUCAGCUUCUGCCAGCCCUGCCCGCCCACUCCGCCUUAACCCCUCUCUGCUGCCUGCCAGCCCUGCCCGGGUGCCGCAGCGUCUGCAUGGGCCCAGAGCCAGGACCCCGCCCGCCAGCCCCCCAGCCCCACGCAAUCACAUACUGUAUAUAGACAUGGAUCAAUUUUAUUUUUAUUCUUUAAAUUAAGGUCGUGAUAAAGUGUUGCCAAAGAUACUGCUGAAUUCUCGCGUUUCAGGAAACAAACAAACAAAAAAAAUAUUUGAGGGGGAACGUGCUGACUGGUCAGAAAGGACACAGCAAAAAGUUUUUUUGUUUGGUUGUUUGGGGUUUUUUUUUGUGUGUUUUCUUUUUUUGGGGUGUUUUUUUUAACUGCCUGGUACAAAAAAAAAAAAGAAAAAAGAAAAACAAAGCGAAAUUGUUAUUUACAUCAUCUUGGUGAAGUUGCGUGGAUGUGUGUGGAUGUGUGUGUGCGCGCGCGUGUGUGAGUGAGGUCCAGGCUGGGGGGCUUCAGGUGGGGGCUCUGGGGGGCUCUGGGGUGCAGAGCCCUCACCUGGAGUGAUUGCCAGUCGUGGGCCUGGGAGAGAGAAUUAAUACCCUUUGCUGCUGCUCCCUGCCUAAAUCCCUCCCGACCCCAACCCCGCCUUUUGAGAUUAAGAGAAAAUUUUAAAAAGGCAAAAAAACUUAAAAAAAA